CAGAGCAAGCCCGGUGCCCUUUUUUAACAUUCAAUAGGGCGGAUCAGAGGGUCGGUGCUACAGAACUCUUCUGAGCUUCAGCUUUUAAAGCCAGUUGAGCUGAAGGCGGCCCCAAGGAUGGCGUAUCAACAGAAGAUAGCAGAGAAGCUUACCAUCCUCAAUGACAGGGGCAGGGGCGUCCUCAUCCGUACCAACUACAUUAAAAAGAUAUGCUCAGAUCCAAAGCAGAAACCCGCUUUCCUCACUGACAAGAGUAUGGAGUCCGCCAUGAAAUACAUCAACAAGAAAUUCCCCAAUGUUGACUAUCGGGGUAACAGCCAACAGCUGAGUGCCGUCCAUAAGGAAAAAUCUGAAGUCCUAAAAGCCCUGACAAAUUUCUACCACUCUUUUGUUGACAUAAUGGAGUUCAGGGACCACGUAUAUGAGCUUCUGAAUACAAUUGAUGCUUGCCAGUGUUUCUUUGAUAUUACUGUAAACUAUGACUUUACAAAGAAUUACUUGGACCUCAUCAUCACUUAUGUCUCCGUGAUCCUGAUGCUGUCUCGCAUUGAUGACAGGAAAGUCUUGGUAGGCAUGUACAACUGUGCCCAUGAGAUGUCCAAUGGAUCCAGUGAUUCUGCUUAUCCUCGGCUGGGACAAAUGUUGCUGGAAUAUGAAAAUCCUUGGAAGAAGAUGACAGAAGAAUUUGGACCACACACUAAGGCUGUGACAGAGGCCCUGCUGUCACUUCAGCAGAUCUAUCCUCGGCGAAACUUGCCUGCAGAACAGUGGCGCAAUGCACAGAUGCUUAGUUUGUUGAGCUCUGCGCCUACCAUGUUGAACCCUGCCACCUGUGACACGAUGCUGUGUGAGUACUUAUCUAUGGAGACAAUGGAGCGGUGGAUAAUCAUUGGUUUUUUGCUGUGCCAUGGAAGUCUAAACACACACCAGCCAUCUCAAGACUUGUGGAAAAGUGCAUUACGGAGUGGACUUUGCAUUACAAUUAUCAGAGAUGAACUGCUGUUCUUCCACAAGACCACUGAAGACUUUUUUGACACCAUGAAGGGGUAUAGUAAACGGAUAGCAGAUAUUAAGGAAAGCAGAGAAUAUGUAGCAAUCAACAGUGGCCCCUUUCACAGAGAGAGACGUCAAUAUCUAAGAAACAUUCUAAAAGAACUCACGAUGCUCCUCACCGAUGAGCCCGGACUGCUGGGACCGAAGGCUCUUUAUGUCUUCAUGGCUCUUUCUUUCUCCCGUGAUGAAGUGUGCUGGCUAAUUCGCCACAGUGAAAAUAUUCCUAAAACUAAGAAUCCUGAGGACUAUGUCGACUUGAAUAUUGCAGAACUGCUUUUCUAUGUGGAAAAGUUGAGAAUUGUGGUGCGCAAAUUCAAGUCAGUUUUACUUCGCUAUCACCUGUUAUACCUUGCUCAGUUUGACGCCCUGGCACUCAAUGACACCAUGCAGAAUCUCCCUGUUUGUCCAGAGGAGGAGUCCAUACUGAUGUCAUAUUUUGUGUCAUCUUUGUCCUCAUUGUCUGUAAAACAAGUGGAGAGCGGAGAACAGUUUGAUUUGCAGGGAAUGAGACUGGACUGGUUCAGGCUACAGGCAUACACCAGCGUGGCUAAGGCUCCUCUGAGUCUCCGAGACUAUCCCGCCCUGGGUCGUCUGAUGAACAUGAUUGCCUUCCACACUAUGAUGAUAGAUAAUGUUGAAGGUCUUCUUGAGGAAACCUCUGAUCUAUCAAUCUUCUGUUUCUACCCUCGUGUUUUUGAGAAGAUGUUCCACCAGUGCAACGAUGACAUCCAGGAGCAGAAGUACCUCAUCUCCUUCCCUCAAGUCUGCUCCCACUUUCACACUUCCACUCACAGCAUGUGUCCAGAGGAGGCCCCAAUGCUAGAAAAGAGGAGUCUAACCUACUGUGCCAGUUUUCUGGAUGAGAUCUCCAAGCAGGCCUGUGAUGUUCUUCUGGAGUUAUGUGCUGAGCAACGCAACCUAAGUGACCAGCUACUGCCUAAGCACUCUGCACAUACAAUCAACAGAGUUCGAAAUAAAACACAGAAAAAGCAGGCAGCAAAAAAAGGCGAAACUCCGAGCCAUAAACCAGGAGCAGAAAGCCAAAGGAAAGAUCGCUUUAUUGUAACCAAUAUGGACAAAUUACAUCUGGCCUUGACUGAGCUUUGUUGGUCCUUCCACAAUUGCUCCCAUAUUUUAGUGUGGGACCAUGUCAUCAUCCCCGUGGAACAUUUGCUGUCACAACUAGAAGUACGUCUCAACAGGUCAAUUGUAAACAUGGUGAAUUACAACCAAGCCACACUGGAGAUAACAAGACCCUCUGAGCUUCUGGUGAGCAUCAGGGCUUAUGUGGAGUCUUUACACAUGAUCUCCAGAUACAUCAAUGUGGAUGUCACCCGCCUGGUUAAAAGUGUUCUUUUGCAACAAACUCAGCCUCUUGAUAGCAUGGGGGAUCAGACGAUUACCACUCUCUUUACUAACUGGUAUUUGGAGGGUCUUUUGCGUCAGGCUAGCAGUGGGAUGAUCACUCACUCACCUACAAUGCAGACCUUCAUUAACCAGCCAACUGAACAACAACAAAGCUUCAGAGCUCAAGAGUACACUGACAUAUCUGAAAUGCAGGCACUAGCUGAACUGAUUGGGCCCUAUGGAGUGUUGUUCCUGAGGGAAAAUCUUAUGUGGCACAUCACCUCUCAAAUUGCUGAGCUUAAGAAACUGGUCAUUGAGAACAUGGAUGCUCUGGUGCAGAUAAGAUCCAACUUUGAUAAGUCAGACCAAAUGGCUGUAUUACUCAAAAAGUUGCCCGCAGCUGAUAAUAUUCUAAAAAGAAUGGUGAUAAUUGGAGUGAUUUUGUCUUUCCGCAACAUGACACAAGAAGCGAUGAGAGAUGUGAUGCACAGACAUUGCCCUUUCAUCAUGGGACCCAUUGAAUGCCUGCAGGAUUUAAUAACUCCAGAUACUGACAUCAAGGUCACCCUAAGCGUGUUUGAGUUAACAUCAGCAGCUGGGAUUCCCUGUGAAAUUGAUCCAGCACUGGUCAAUGCACUCAGAGGCAUGAGGACAGAAAUGUCAUCUGCUGAUGAAGAAUACAAGCUGGCUUGUCUUUUAUUUGUCUACAUUGCUGUAUCUUUACCUAACUUGGCCAUGGAUCAAGGUUCAUUAUACAGCCGGGAGCAUGGAGGACAUGCAAAUAACAUUCAUUGUCUCUCUACUGCCAUCAAUCAAUUGGCUGCUGCUCUCUUCACUGUACACAACAAGAACAUCGAGGAACACCUGAAGGAAUUUCUCUUGAUUGCAUCAUCAGCACUCCUACAGCUUGGACAGAACAUGGAGCGCCUUGAGACCAGAAAUAGAGACUCUGUUUAUCUUAUGUUGCACUUGAUUGUGGAAGAGUCACCUUUUCUCACCCAGGACAUGCUAGAGAGCUGCUUUCCAUAUGUCCUCUUACGUAAUGCAUACCGGGAUGUUUAUAAGAUUGCUCCGAUAACACUGGGCUGACAACGAGAUGCCUGACCCAAAUAUAAGAUACCCAGAAAACUGCUGCAAUCAGAAAUAAAUUUUGAGAAAAUGCAUUUCAUUUAUGGUAAAAGAGGAAAGCUUCUUAAACUUCAGUAUUUUAUUUGUAAACAUUCAUGAACACAAGAAGUAGUAGUAAAAGGCCACUGAACCCUGAUUUGCCCAUUGUUUGACUAACAUAUAAAACUUAUCACCACAAGAUUCAAGUCUUACUUCUUUAACUUUCUGUUAAUAUUUGAACAAUUUUAGCUGAUUCUAACUCUUCAGUUCUGCUGAGGUAAUCCAAUUUUUAAUUCCUAUAAUAAUGUAUAUAAUAUAAAUGUAAACUUUACAGUAUAUACAGGGUGAGUCAAAACUAUGUUAACAUUUGAAUGGC